AUGUUUGGAGGUUUUGUUGUUCGUGACGCUGCUGAAGAAAUUAUGGGAUAUGCAUCUGAUUAUUGCAGUACCCCAUUAUCCGACGAAAAUAUCAAAAAAGACGAUGAUAGCAGCUCUGUGUGUUCGAUGAACUCAUUGAACAUUCGACGUACUUUGGAAGGUUUUGUUGAUGAAGGCUGGCUUGAUGUUGAAGAAGUCAAGUUCUGUAAGUUUACUGCCUCUCCCGAUCUUGAUGACAACAAGUCUGUAUCUUCAGUUGGAUCGUUGGAUUUUGAUAAAAUCUGGCAAGGUUACGUGGAUGACGGCUUGGUUGUGGAAGAGGAAACGGUUGCUGUGAAAACUAUCAGUAGAAGUAGUGACCCGGUCAAUGUGAAAUCCUUGUUUAGAGCCUGUAACCAAGCAAAAAAUUUGAAUGUCAAAACCUACAAUGAAUUUGUCAAAAAAUUUAACCAUGAUGCAUCGAAAUUGCAAGCCGAUCCUAUUUCUUCCAGGAUUACUUUCUUUGAUCAUAUUUCUGCGAAUACAUCCGCCUCGUGUUUCAUUGAUGCUACGUUUGAAUUGCUGUGGAACAAUCAUGUUCAUGAGCACUUACGACAAAUAUUGCGCACACAAACAUGCCAGAACUAUGCCAGAACUAUGGAAGAAAAGGUUGCUCUCACCAAUGAGGCAUCCGCCAUGGCAAGAGAUUUUGUUUGGUCUUUGGAGAAGUUGGACGGAUCGAUGCAGUAUCCUAAAGGUAAAUACGGUGAUUGCCUAGAGGUCCUUAACUUCAUCAUGGGUAAAUGCUCAGAGAGGUUCCAGGCAGCCAUCUCAAAUUUCCCUGGAUGCUCAACACUUAGAUCACACCUUUGUUCUGUUAAUGCUGAACAUAGUUUCGUUGAUCCUAACUCAGAAACUCAACCAGUAAUCGAAGUGGGAUUUGAAAUGAGAACGGCAUUUUCUGCUGAACGUACGUUUGCUUCUCACCAAAGUCUUGACAACGAGUUCAGCGCUGUGUUCAAAUAUGAACACAUUGUCAGAGAGAGAAAGCAUGCUUGUAGAUUCGAAGGGUGUACAGGCACAGUCACUUCUCAGAAUACUGUAAGCUUACAAGACUUCCCGCCCUUCCUAUUCUUGGGAAAUGCAAGAGGAGCUGGUAUCGCAUUGGAAACGACUUACUUUCCAAGUAUCUUACAAAUAUCCGAAAAACUGAAUUACGAAAUUCAAGGUCGUGUGUACUCAUCUUCGUAUGAUGGCUCCCACUUUUACACCACAAGCAAAAAGGCAGAGACAUCCUGA